AUGACCUCCACAUCGUCUUUGGGAAGCAAGAUCCUUGCACUGUUCACCCCUCAGCCAGCAUCGAGCAUCGGCAUCAUCCUUGAUUCCGAUCCAGUCUUGCUGCUGGGAUUCACUACGUCUGCCUCGUCUACUCUUCUUCGCGGAAGGGCGGUACUGGAACUCCUCGAGCCGACGAGGAUCCAAGAGGUCUUGGUGAGGUUCAGAGGUCGAGCCUCGGUGCCGUCCGUCAGCGAAUCGUUAGGCGACGCUGACCACAAGUCGUACGAUGUGUGCUUGAAGAGCUGGUCAGUCUUCAGAGCCACAGCUGCCGGCGAUCUACUUCAGGCGGGGACAUACACCUAUCCGUUCAACACCUUCAUUGGCGGAAGUCUUCCUGCAUCAACCGUCGAGUCAGCAACUUCCGGGUCCUAUGUCACCUACACUCUACAGGCCACAGCCGUACGCUCUCAGCAGCGAUCGAACCUUCAUCGAAUGAUCACCGUCCCAGUCCUGCGCUUUCUGCCGUGCGACUCGCUCGCAUUCUUUCAAUCGCUCGACCAUGAAGCGACGAUCCCAGGCCAGCUCUCAUACACAAUGUCGCUACCACACAAGGCAUGGGCUGCUGGAGACACCCUCUCUGCCAUCUUCCGCGCCACGAUAUACACGAGGAACGUCUCUAUCCGCGCCGUCGAAACAUGCAUCACACAGACGCGGCGAAUGUUGCGCUGCGGAGACUGGGAGCUGCAGGUAGAGGCGAUCGCGCGUGGGCUACGCAUGAUGCACCGUUCUUCCGCAGAGCACUUGGAACGCGAGAUCUCUCUUAUCCUCGAUCUCGCUAUACCAUGCUCUGCGUCUCCCUCGCACUCUGUCGCGCCCAUCUACGUUGAGCACCACGCAGAGUGGACGAUCACCGUCGUCGACGCGUCAGGAAGGGCCCAAGACCAUCAUUGUCGCCUGCCUCUACACAUUCUCGAUCGUCAACUUCUACGCGAAACGGUGGCCGCUACACUUGCUACCCGCCUGAAAGCUUUCAGCGCGGGCUCAGGGUCACCCAAUGGUACAGUCGAACUUCCUGAGGUACACACCCCGCCCAGAUACCAGGCACACGUUCACGAUAGAAUCCCGAGGUCGCAGGUUCUACCAGAUGGGACGGCGGCAAUGCAGGGCACAGCGCCGUCAUACAGUGCUACACCCUCAUACGAGGUUGCAGUGAGAGGUUCCCCUAGUAGCUUACCGCCAUUAGAGUUGCUACAGCAGUUGCCGAGCUAUGCGGGCGGUUCGGAGCCGAGACUCGCCGGGCUCGCAAGCGAGCUCGCCGUCAUCCGCGUCGCAGCCGAGAUGGAAAUUGUCGGAGUGAUAUAUCAGGCCAGGCGGCGCCGGAUAGCGAUUGCUGGUCGAAUGAACACCGCCCCGUCCCCCCCUUCGGGUGCGCUCUGCGCACGAGCUUCUGUUACUAUCUCCGCGCCGGUGAAUAAGGUCUGGGAGACGCUUCUAGACUUCCCUUCUUACAAAGAAUGGGAUCCGUUCAUCCGUUCGCAGGUUCUAGUUGAUGCCAGCGGCGCCCCACUUUCUUCGCAAAUCCCGGUCGAAGGCGUGCGGAUAGCUCAAGAGAUCCACCUACCAUCGCUCUCCUCGUCUAACGCCGAUCCCUCGGUAAACCACUCGGUCGAGGUUCUUACACAUGUCAACCCCCGCACGCAUACCCUUGCCUGGCGCCUCUCCUCACCCGCGCACUGGCUCUUCUGGUCUGAGCGGUGGCAUGUUGUUCGCACCCUGAAACGUGGUGCCAAGGCUGAAGGCGAAACGACUGCGGUUGAUUUCUGGCGUGGUAGCGAGAGGGUGAAUUGGAGGGGAGAGGAGACGGUGUACGAGACGUGGGAGGUGCUCGGUGGUAUGCUGGCGCCAGCCGCAUCGUGGUUCAUACUGGCGAGGCUUCAGAGGGGAUUGGAGGAGAGCGCGUAUGCGUUGAAGGCGAGACUGGAGAAGCCCAAGGAGUGGUCGUGGGGUUGA